AUGAGUUUGAUCGGUCAUGCGUGUACCAAGGCCAUACAGUAUAUUGUCCAAGUGCCCUUGCCUAUGUGGUCUUUGUUUCACGAUGCUGGUCGCAGAUAUGGGAUAUGUACUACGAACUUCUCAGAAACAUUUAACAAUGUGUUGAAGGGUGCUCGAUUUCUACCUAUCAUGUCCCUUGUUGAAUUAACAUUCCACAGAGUCAAUAAGUAUUUCACUGAUAGAAGGGAAUUAUCUCAGGCUAGAUCUGAACAGGGACUUGCAUACUCCCCCAAAGUCACAUCCAUUAUGGAGAAAAACAUUGCAAAGGCUAGAUAUCACAAAGUGGAAGCGUAUAACCGUCGACUGCAUAUAUAUCAAGUUGAAACAAAGAGGGGAGAUAGAAUUGGUAGAAAAGGAGGCCAUAGACAUACUGUUAACUUUCAGUUAAGAACGUGCACAUGCAAUAAACCACGGAUCUUCCACCUCCCAUGUUCUCAUGUUCUAGCAGUUUGUGUGAAGUAUUCGAUAUCAGAGCGGCCAUGGGUAGACCGGGUACUGCAAUCAGAGGCCUACGCAAACACAUACGCUCCCCAAUUCUGGCCUAUCCCUUGUGAGACGACAUGGAGAGAGAAUGGAGGGCCUAAACUCAUUCCCGACAACAGCAUGGUACGAGGACAAGGUCGCCCUAAGUCAAGGCGCAUACGCAAUGAAAUGGAUGAGACCAACCGUCCCGCGAGCAAAUGCGGCCUCUGUCACCAGCAGGGCGGGCAUACUGACAUGCAGGCACUACACUGUCGCGUUCCUUGGCGAUUGGGUUAUCGAUCCCCGCAUUCUGCCUUUCGUGGAGUACGCUGGCUUCAUGGGUAUACAUCGGCUGCUGUUGGGGGCUGCACUGGCUGCUGUUGGGGGCCUGCUGUUGCUGCCUUCAGCCAGCAGAUAAAACGCUGA